UGGAGACCUCUCCGCAGGAGGGUGUUUUCUCUCUAGCUUUUUGCUUGCUGUGCGUCUGAAGGCUCAUUAUUGGCAGGGGAGAAUUACAAGGGCUAAAUCUGCUGGAUUACCGGAAUACUGGACAUGGAGUCAACAGUCAUCAUGUGACAAUUACAGACAUGAACGGAUGUUUGUGAGAACAGUGACGUACUUAGAAACAGAUUGAAGGAAGAUGAGCAAUCCUGCAGAACAGGUGGAUGAGAGGCUGACCAGUCAAGAGGCCCUAUGCCACGAAGACACCUCCAAAGAUCAAAGCUGCUCCACACUGAAGCUGUUCAUUGUAGCCCUGUCCUUUGCUUACUUCUCCAAGGCUCUGUCAGGGACCUACAUGAAAAGUUCCAUCACACAGAUUGAGAGGAGGUUUGAUCUUUCCAGCUCGCACACUGGGCUAAUAGAUGGCAGUUUUGAGAUCGGGAACUUGCUGUUCCUGGUGGCAGUAAGUCACUUUGGGGCCAAACUGCACCGUCCCAGACUAAUAGGGGCAGGGUGUCUAGUCAUGGCUGUUGGUACAGGCCUCAUUGGGCUACCUCACUUCUUCAUGGGAAGUUACAAGUUUGACACUGUGAUCCAAAGGUCAGUGAAUGAAAAUGGCAGUAUAUCUCCCUGUUUAGAGGAUCAAAAACAGCCUGCUCCCCAGGAGACCUUACCUAUACCUUCUACAGGAUGUGUGAAGGACUCUCAGUCUCACAUGUGGAUCUAUGUAUUCCUGGGAAACGCCCUGAGGGGAAUAGGCGAGACACCCGUCACACCUCUGGGAAUCUCAUACAUCGAUGACUUUGCAAAAGCGGAGAAUUCAGCCUUCUACAUUGCUUGUCUACAGACCAUCACUUUGCUGGGACCCAUGUUUGGCUUCUUACUGGGGUCAAUGUGUGCUGGACUAUAUGUAGACAUUGGCUUUAUCAAUACAGACAGCAUAACUAUCACUCCAAAGGAUGCACGGUGGGUUGGAGCCUGGUGGCUGGGCUUCCUGGUGUCCUCAGCCAUCAUGCUCCUGGCGGGCCUCCCCUUCUGGUUCUUCCCCAGGUCUCUGCCCAAACAGGGCGAGGAGCACACGGUGCCACCCGGGCUCCCUGCCCCUCAUACCUCAAAGCUGGCUGGCAUCGCCAAAGGUUUCCUGCCCUCCCUGAAAAAGCUUUUGGGCACACCAGCCUACUUCCUACUUCUAUGUGGCACUGUUCUAAAGUUCAACUCCUUCGUUGGAGUUUUCACGUUCAAAGCUAAGUAUAUGGAGCAGCAGUUUGGCCAGUCAGCAUCCCGAGCCAACUUCCUCAUUGGUGUGUUGAAUCUGCCCACUUUUGCGGUGGGGAUAUUUCUGGGUGGGCUGCUGAUGAAGAGGUACAAGCUCAGUGUGGUAUCAGGGGCCCAGCUCUCAUUUGUGACCUCUUUUCUGGCCUAUCUACUGCUCCUCCCGCAGUUUGGAAUCAAAUGUGAGAACUCACAGGUAGCAGGGCUGACUGUCUCAUAUAAUGGGUCCACUGGGAUCUCAUAUGAGGAGCACACAUUGUUUUCAGAGUGCAACGCAGGUUGUUCCUGCUCUGGGAAAGAGUGGGACCCUGUAUGCUCUGAAAAUGGUAUCACCUACAUGUCUCCAUGCCUGGCGGGCUGUACUAGUUCAUCUGGAUUUGGGAAGAACAUGGCCUUCCACAACUGCAGCUGUGUGAUGGCCUCUCCCCCUGAGUCUGGCAGUCAGACCGUGUCUCUGGGUCAGUGCGCUCGUGGUUCCGCCUGCGACCGCAGCUUCGCCGCGUACAUGACCGUGUCUGUCCUCAGCUCCUUCAUAAACUCCCUGGGAACCACACCAGGAUACAUGGUCGUCAUACGAUGCAUCGCACCUGAAUUAAAAUCUCUGGCCCUGGGCAUCCAGACCCUGGUGAUGAGAACUCUGGGGGGAAUUCCAGCUCCAGUGUAUUUUGGUGCCCUGAUCGACUCCACCUGUUUAAAAUGGGGAGUCAAAAAAUGUGGGGGCAGGGGAGCUUGUCGGAUGUAUGACUCUGAUAUGUACAGGGUAAUAUUCCUGGGGCUCAUCACGUGUCUCAGCGGCACGUCCUAUUUCUUCGCUGCCGCUGUGAUAGUGCUCCUGAGGAAGCAGUUUCAGACGGAGGAGGACAAAACCGGAAACCCCCCGUCAAAGCAGGAUGGACUGGAACUCCAUCCCACCCACACAGAGAAGGAGGCAGACAGGACUGCAGACCAAACCAAUGGACAGUUCUAGAGGGGUGGAUCAGACCAAUGGGCAGGGCUUGAAAGAGGAUCAAUCCACUGGGUACUUCUAGAACAAAGAUCACCAAUCAUUCAAUAGUUUGUUCCAGGAGGGAUUUUUUUUCAAGUAAAUCAACAUAUUUGUGAAGUAUGGAGUGUAAAACAGGAUUAUAUAUAAAUACUCCUGGUAUA